CUCACUCGCAUGCCCAAAUGCCACCAUGCCAAUCAUCAGCAAUACCAACCAAGACUUUAGCAACCUGUCAGUCAGCACUGACGACAGCAGUCUCGAUCUGUACUUCACAGACAUCCCAGAGACCGAAACCAUCAAAGGUGUGUACUUUCAACGGGCCCAGAGACUACAGGACGUCUCAUCAUCCAGAGACGUGGACCACAGUAAACUGGCCCUCAUCAACGUCGGAGGGGAUCGCUACACGUUUCCCUGGAGCACGCUGGAGCAAUUCCCUCUCUCUCGUCUGGGACAGUUAUGUCACUGCAGUAACCUGGAUGACAUAGCCCGGCUUUGCGACGACUACGAUGAGACCAGGCGAGAAUUCUUCUUCGACCGUAGCUCGACGGCCUUCCGGGUGAUCCUAAACUUCCUGGCUGCAGGCAAACUCAGGCUGCUGCGGCAGGUGUGUGCCGUGUCGCUGUCAGAUGAGCUCGCGUACUGGGGCAUCGACCCCGGUCACAUGGAGCGCUGCUGCAGGCGCAGGAUGCUGACCCGUGUGGAGGAGGUGGCAGAGAGGAAGAGGAAAGAGGAAGAAAGGAGGGAGAAGAGGUUGAGUGUACAGAGAACCGAGGCACCGGAGAAGGGAUUCCUUGGGGUCACGAGAUGUCUACAGGACAUAGUGGAUAACCCUCAAUCCGGUUGGCUCGGGAAGAUCUUUGCGUGUUUCUCGGUGAUCAUGAUUGGAGUGACAGUGAUCAGCCUGUGCAUCAGCACUAUGCCUGAUCACGAAAGCAGGGGUGAAUGCUUGGACAAGUGUCGCAACAUAUUCAUAGUAGAGACGGUGUGCGUGGCCUGGUUCUCUCUGGAGUUUAUGUUACGCCUCCUACAGGCUCAAAGCAAACUGCAGUUCCUACGCAAUCCACUCAACAUCAUAGACGUAAUAGCCAUUCUGCCGUACUACAUCUCCUUAGUAGUUGAUAAAGACGAGAUGGAGGAACCCAAGCUUCCCGGGAGCACUGGGGCAGGUCACGGAUAUUUAGACAAGCUGGGUUUAAUACUGCGUCUCACGCGUGCCCUCCGAAUCCUGUACGUGAUGAGGUUGGCACGACAUUCGCUGGGCCUUCAGACUUUGGGUUUGACCAUGCAGCGGAGCAUGCGAGAGUUUGGACUACUUCUUCUUUUUCUCUGUGUGGCAGUGGCUCUCUUCUCACCUCUCGUCCACUUGGCAGAGAAAGAAUUCGCAAAGAAGAAAGAUCCAGGCACCUACAGCUUUAGCAGCAUCCCUGCAUCCUAUUGGUGGGCGAUCAUAUCCAUGACAACAGUCGGAUAUGGAGACAUGGUACCGCGCAGCAUACCCGGUCAGGUCGUGGCCUUUAGCAGCAUACUAAGUGGCAUCCUCAUUAUGGCUUUUCCCGCUACGUCAAUCUUCCACGUAUUUUCUCGUUCCUAUCUCGAACUUAAACAUGAACAAGAAAUUAUUCGUAAGGAGGAGCGAGUAGCCAGUCUGGAUGUCAGUGCUAAAGAGGACCUCCGGAGAGGCUUGGACAGACAAUCUUUCUCUUGGGUCAAUGCAAACAGUAAUAGUCUACCCAAGAGCCAUAAUAGUCUAUGCGUCAACAACACCUAAGCCAUACCACUGGUCUGCAAACCUUUCCUGCAAAAAGAAAACUGGCUUUAUAAGUUCCACUCGAACAAACUAAAAGGUAAACUAACACUUAUAAAUUAAAGUUUGCUUGAUCAUUAGUUUAAAUUGGUCAUAUGAUGCGAUUUCAUGUUUCCCUUUGUCUUUGGAGCGUUAAAAGCUGUUUGUGCAUAUAGAAGAUCCAUAAAGUCUCAAACCCAAUGAUAUAUUCUUUCUAAAAGUGAAUGCGGAGAAGCUUUGGAAGCUGAUAUUUCAAAUAUGGUACCAUUACCUUCAUGCGCAUGAGGUAUUCAGCCAAUCACAGCGCACUGGACAGCCAGCCAAUCAGUGCACACUACUUUUUCAGAACGAUAAGCCUAUGCAUUUCAGAAAGGAGCAACAAUAAUGUACUGCGUGGAAAAUAAUGUGUUUUUAAAUCUUAAACCAUGUAAACAAAUUAAUUUACACCAAAUAAUGUUAUUUUUAGCAAUGUCAUAUGACCCCUUGAAAUGCUUUUAUUAUUGUUAUUUUCAUUAUUUAAAAUAAAGUUUUUUUGUAGUGAAAAAGAAUGUUCUUUAGACUAUAAAAAUUGUAGAAAAAUGGUUAUUUUAAUGAACCAAAAGUUUUUUUUGGAGAACCAUUACUGCAAAGAACCCUCUGUGUACCUUACAAAUCUUUAUAUACAGUAUAUUUGACCCUGCAUGUGAAAACUCAGCUCAAGUUAUUUUUUGUGAUUUUCGACAUUAAAUCAUAGACAAUAUCAAGAACAUUCUG